AUGGAGAAGGUGAGCAAAGCGAAGUGGGCGGAAAUCUGUAAUACCUUUGCCAUAUUGGAUGUCGAUGGAAGUGGACUGUUAACAGCCAGAGCGCUGUGUGGCAUGAUGCGUGUAUUUGGCUAUGAGAACAGCGAAGAGGAUGUGCAGAGGAUGAUAGAUGCCGUCGAUACCGAUGGCAGCGGUAAAAUGGACCGCGACAAAUUCUGUGCCGCUCUACUUUGGACGCUGAAGCCCGAGGAGUCAAGCCCCAGCCAGGAGUCCGACGACUCUUCAGAUGACCAAAGUUCAUCAUCCAAUGAAACGUCUAGUUCAAACGAGUAA